CUCCAGAACAUAUCAGGGAGAGGCGGGAAGACACAGAGCUCGAGCACAUUCAGCACAAGAGGCGGGAGAUGAAGUGUUUCCACGAGAGCCAAAGCGCAAACCAGGUGCACCACGCGCUGCACUUUCAAACAGACCAGCGCAACUCGCUAGCUGCUCCCUCUCCGCUGUCCGCUCCUCUAUCAGACCCACGGGACUUCACUGGUCCAUCCCUAACCUGACAGGCUCAGCUCAUCGGACCGGGAGACCGGGCGAACGCAGGAGUAGGGGGACACUGAGCCGGAGUUGGAGGGGGGACAUGCUCGCUCAGCAACCCAGCAUAGUUUCUUCAAGGUGGGCCAAGCUGUGACAGAGGGCCUCUCUCUGGUGAGCCAAUCCGCAACCCUGACCGCUCCAGCAGGCCUCACUCCCAGUCCUAACUACUGUGUGUGCCAGGACCAGGCCACCUCCAGCCCAGGCCAGACCACGUCUACCCCAGGCCAGCCCAGAGUGGGUCAGCCCCAGCCCAACCCACCACUUCCCCAGUCCAGUAGCGGCCCAGGCCCAGGCUCCAGAAGCAUGGCCUUCACCCUGUCAGAGAUCAUGGCUGCACGGCGGCAGCAGCAGUCCCAGGCCCAGCGGGCGGCAGGCAGGGUGGCCGUGGAGGUGGAUGAAUACAGCACCAACCCCACCCAGGCCUUCACCUUCUACAACAUCAACCAGGGACGCUUCCAGCCCCCGCACGUACACAUGGUGGACCCCCUGCCCCACGACACUCCCAAGCCGCCAGGUUACACCCGUUUUGUGUGUAUCUCAGACACCCACUCCCGUACGGAUGCCAUUCAGAUGCCCUAUGGAGAUGUGUUCAUCCAUGCUGGAGACUUCACAGAGCUGGGCCUGCCCUCUGAGGUCAAGAAGUUCAAUGAUUGGCUAGGCACCUUGCCGUAUGACAUAAAGAUAGUGAUUGCGGGGAACCAUGAGUUGACCUUUGACCAGGAGUUCAUGGCUGACCUGAUCAAGCAGGACUUCUACUACUUCCCGUCGGCCUCCAAGCUGAAACCAGAGAACUACGAAAACGUCCAGUCCCUGCUCACCAACUGUAUCUACCUGCAGGACUCAGAGGUCACUGUACGAGGCUUCCGUAUCUACGGCUCCCCCUGGCAGCCAUGGUACUAUGGCUGGGGUUUCAACCUGCCAAGAGGUCAGGCUCUGCUGGACAAGUGGAACCAGAUCCCCGACUCCACCGACAUACUGGUCACACACUGCCCCCCACUGGGGUUCCUGGACUGGGUUCCUAAGAAGAUGCAGCGGGUGGGCUGUAUGGAGCUGCUCAACACUGUCCAGAGGAGAGUACAGCCCAAGCUGCACGUGUUCGGACACAUCCACGAAGGUUAUGGUAUGAUGACAGACGGCACCACCACGUUCGUCAACGCCUCGGCCUGCACCGUCAACUUCCAGCCCAUGAACCCGCCCAUCGUCUUCGACCUGCCCAAUCCCACCAGGACCACAUGACUAGAGAAGCCCCGCCCUGCUGAGCCCCCCUCCAAUCAGGAGCCUAGUGGUGGGAAGGCAGGUAGGUGAGGGUGGUGGGCAGGUGUGGUGGAGUACUGUAUAUAGUCAAGGCUCUAACGGAUGCUGUGUGUGUGCGUGUGGGUGUGUGUGGCACAACACACACAAGCCCAAGUCUCUUACAGACGAUGUGUGUGUCUAAAGAGACAGGCGCUGUUGCCAAUCCUCACUUGGCAAAUCCAUCGAUGUUCUUUUAUAUACUGUCAUUCCUUUAUUUCAACAAAAGCUCUUACAAACUCGAAAGUAAGGCAAAAGACAGACCCCAGAUGCCUCAUUUCUCAUAAGGACAUGUCAGCAUUAGUCUGUAAAUCUUCUGUUGCACUUCUACUGCACUAACAAUCUGACCUGGCUGUCAGAUAGAGAAGAGGACAGGGGGAACAGUGUCUCCUGUGUCACUGUUUGGACUCACAGUCUUUCUCUCAGAAGAAGACACUGGAUAACUCUCAUUCUCUCUUGUUCCUCAUAGAGGACUCUGUUAAGCCACCAGUGGAAGUUGCU